AUGGCCUCGGAAGCUCGCAACGCCGACGCAAGUAUUAACACUGCGUCACAACCUGACCCGGAUGAACCAUACAGCAUCUUUGAUAAGCGGCAAAAAGGGCUAAUAGUCUUUAUUGUAUCAACAGCAGCCACUUUCUCUGGCUUCGCUUCCAACAUUUACUUUCCAGCUCUGUCCACUAUCGCCCAGGACUUGAAUGUCUCCGUUGAGCUGAUCAACUUGACGGUAACCACCUACCUCAUAUUCCAGGGCUUAGCACCUAGCCUCUGGGGACCAAUAUCCGACGUAAAGGGUCGCCGCAUAGCAUAUAUGGGUACGUUCCUGGUCUUUUUCGGAGCAUGUAUCGGCCUAGCCGAGACGAAAACCUACGCCGGCUUGAUUGUCCUGAGAUGUCUUCAAAGUACGGGUAGCGCAAGCACGAUAGCCAUUGGGUCUGGCGUCAUUGGGGACAUAACGACUCGCGAGGAGCGAGGCGGUUACAUGGGCAUCUUUCAAGCUGGGCUUUUAGCCCCCGUCGCCAUAGGACCAGUUAUCGGUGGCGCAUUAGCCGGAUCUUUGGGCUGGCGAAGCAUCUUCUGGUUCCUCACGAUCUACUGCGGAGCCUUCCUGUUGAUUCUCGUUGUUCUACUGCCCGAGACCUUGAGAUCUAUGGUGGGAAACGGCGGCAACACCCCGCCGACCUUGCUUCAAAGGUACCCGUUGGUCUUUUACCAACGAGCCACAAAGGUGAAGCAGAAUCGCGCAGAAGCAGCGGCGAACACGGGAGUUCAAAAGCGUGUCGAUUUGACGGCACCCAUUCGCAUCUUGUUCAGCAAAUCGGCGGCACCGAUUACCAUCUUCAUAGCGGUGUACUACGCUGUCUGGCAGAUGAGCAUUACUGCCAUGUCCACCCUCUUCAAGAGCAGAUACGGCCUGUCAGAUACCCAAAUCGGACUGACGUUCAUAGCCAACGGCGCAGGAUCCAUCUUUGGAACUCUCGUAACGGGGAAGAUACUCGACAUCGACUACCGGCGCGUGAAGGCGCGGCUUGAAACACAGCUCGGGGGCGCUGGCACCAACUCGGACUUUCCUAUUGAGAAAGCACGUCUACGUCUGGUUCCCCUGUUUGCGUUUCUACAGUGUGCCUCCAUUGCAGUGUUUGGAUGGACAAUCCAGUUUCCGGACCGGGUGCACAUUGCCGUCCCUAUUGCGUCUACGUUCGUGACUGGCUGGACGGCUAUCUCGACCCAGUCUCUCGUUAUGACAUACCUUGUCGACGUCUUUCCUGACAGAAGCGCUGCGGCAAGCGCCAGCCUGAAUCUGGCGAGGUGUCUAUUUGCCGCUGGCGGCACAAGCUUUGUCAUGCCCAUGGUCAAUGCCAUUGGGGUUGGGUUGGCGUUUACGGUCUGCAUUGCUGUCCAGGCCGUUGCUGUUCUUGGUGCUGGAAUCCAGUGGAAGUAUGCGGGUGGCUGGAGGCGUGCGCAACUGAGCCGAGCGUCUGACGGGUUGUAG